ACCAAACUCAUGUUCACCGCCGCUCGAGCUAUGCUGCCAAAGUCAUUGCGGCCUGCCUUCAGGCAGGUGUCCUCGGCAUCUGCACCUGCGGAGGUGCAGGUCUCAGGAACCGCCUACCCCUUCUCUCCAGUGGCCAAGGUCCUCGACGUACCGCCUCCGUCAAAUUUACAUGCCCUUAGGCAGGGCAAAGGCCUCAUGGCCCAUUUACAGAGGAGCCUCGCUCCUCCAUUGAAGCAGAAAUGGCUUUCCACGUUCUUCUCCCGUACACACCCCCAACGCCUCCUCCCAGGCUCUGUGCUCCAAGUCCAGCUUGAGCACGCGCCGAACACAUUCUCCGGUGUUUUGCUGUCCAUCCGGAGAAGAGGGCAGGACACGUCCUUCUUGCUUCGGAAUAUCGUCCAGCGUACAGGCUUAGAAAUGCAGUUCUCUGUGGUGUCGCCUCACCUCAAGGACAUCCGGGUUAUCCAACGCGCGGACGGAAGCGGGAAGUUUGGUGGGAAGGGAGGGAAGCGGCAGACACGCGCCAAGCUAUUCUUCUUGCGCCGUUCGCCAGACAAAAUGUCUGCUAUAUCUGCUGGAGUCAGACGCUGAGAGGUUGCUCGGAGUCCUCGGUAUCUCCAGGCAAGGUGCAUGUCACGCGUAGCCUUUUCAUCAUAUACACGAGCGGAUUCCGAGAGUGCGUAGAGAGUGCUUGGUAGUACUUUAGAUGUUUGCUCCGAUGCUUGAUAAUAAUGACAC